CUUUUGAUUUGGUGAGUAUUCAACUUCUCUUCUCUCUUCUCUUUUCUACUUUUUCAUAGUAUUUAUUCAUAAAAAAGAAAUCAAUCAAGCAUGAAAUUGAUUUCAACAUCUAUAUCUUUCUUUUUAUUGUCAGCCACAUCGUUUGUUGUAACUGCGACUCCACAGCGUAGAUCAGAUAUCAAUGAGGUUGUGACAGCAGAAACACCAGACUCCUCUAUUAUCGAUAAUUUACUUGAUCACAACGCAACAAUACUCAAUACAGUGAAAGCUUUUGACGGUAUCAUUUUCGGUAAUUUUGAAGCACAAACUGGAACACAGAGAUUCAAUGGAUCACUUGCCGUCCAAGGCAAUUUUACAGCAACCAACUUCAAAGUAAACUCUGACAGAACGAUAGACUGUCCGGUAAAUACGACUGCAGUCUCUUUGGAUAGUUUUGGUCUUGUCAUUGGAGGAGCUCUAACUGUCAAGAAUGCAACUGUUAAUGGUGCCUCAUAUCACGCUUCUGGAAGUGUCACUGCUGAAGGCAUAAAAAACAACGACUGCAAUCGCUAUGCUAAUAUCGACUUUAAUGUUCUCCAAAAUGAGGCACGUACUAUUUCCAAAUUCUUUGCCAAUCAAAGACCCAACAUGGUUAUUCGUGACGUAGGAUACCUAACAGAUGGCGAGUAUACAAGCACUAGCAACCAAGACUAUUAUAUCUACACUUUCAAUAAAUGCGCUGAAAAAUUCUGUGAAUUACCUAAUUAUCUGUAUUCUGAUUCCGAGGAGAUCUUCAAUGGUGGCAACUGGACUGGACCAUACAAUGCGAACUAUCCAAAGGACAAACCUAUCAUUUUCAAUAUACCUGUCCAAAAUAAUUCAUUCUUCAAUAUGUCAACAGCAAAUCCCGCGGCUGGUCUCGAGGGUGCUGCCGUUCUGUAUAAUGUUUAUCCAGCCACAGCCACAGGAGCAUAUGAUCCUUCUGGCCACGUUGUUUGGCUACGUAAUACGACUCACAUUAUCAACGGUUUUAUGCUGGCGCCUUCUGCAUUUGUCGUUGAAAAUAAUAUCGGUGGUUUUAAUGGGCACCUGGUGGCAUCACAAUAUUUAUCUGUUCUCGAAAACGAAUAUGCCUUACUGAAUAGUAAUCCUUUACUGUACAAUGCAUUACUUAAUAAUAACUUUACCCUGAAUGAUAGAACUGACUUCAACAACAAUAUUACCACUACUAAUAAUUCCACUACUCCUAUAAAUUACAAUAACACCAGCACUAAUAGUGGAGCAUAAUAAAAUCAUAAAUUGUAAUUAAAACAA